UCCUUUAGACUGGCGCGUUUUGGCAUACGUUAAUUCAUCAAAUUCGAGUUCAGCCAUGGAUCUCGUUGGAAAACCAAAUGUUACAUCGCCGAUCUGGGAAUGUUUUGGAUUCGUGCCGAACGAGAAAGGGGAACCAAACAAUUUAGAUGAAGCCAUUUGUAGGCUUUGUGAGAAAAAAAUAAGUGUUAAAAGGGGAAAUACUUCGAAUCUCCAGAGCCAUCUCCGGUCAUGUCACCCAGCCGCAUAUACCCAACUUAUGUCUUCUGAACGCAAACGCCCAGCUAGUCAGCUGGGUAUUGCAGAGGCCUUCUCAAAAAUGGCCAAAUACAAAAGAGAAAGCAAUAAAUGGAAGACAUUAACGAGAAAUGUGGCAACAUUUUUGGUAGUUGAGAACGCGCCAGGUUUUAGAGAAACCUGCUUUCCGAGAAAUGCUUCAGUCGUUUGAUAAACAGUACAAACUUCCAAGCAAAAGAUACUUUUCAAAUACUGUCAUUCCUCAACUAUUCAAUGAAACCAAGGAGAAAAUCAUCGCGGAACUAGACGACCUAGAUUUCUUUUCCGCCACGACCGAUAUGUGGUCCAGCGUUAAUAUGACUCCGUUUAUGAGUCUGACUGUACAUUUCAUUAACAAAAAUUGGGAGCUGAAGAGCAGGUGCUUGCAGACUGCGUUCACACCAGAAAGUCAUACAGCGAAUAAUUUGGCAGAAUCUCUCCGCAGCGCAUUCAAAGAGUGGAGAUUAAAUGAAAAAAAUCUUGCAUGCAUCACGACAGAUAACGGGGCUAACAUAGUUGCUGCUGUUAGGAAAUUAGAAUGGCCAUGGCUGAAUUGUUUCGGCCACAAUCUUAACCUGGCAGUUACAAACUCAAUGUCAGCCGAGAAGGAGAGGACACAGGGCUAUGGGUUUGUGCCGAAAUUUGGUGACCGUUUUCGCCCACAGCUGGUCGAGAAAGAAAAAACUUCAUGAAGAGCAAGAGGCCUUAAACCUACCAACGCACAGUUUGAUACUGGAUUGUCCCACACGAUGGGGAAGCAAACAAAAAAUGAUAGAGAGAGUACUGGAGCAAGCCCACGCAAUUAAAAGAGCGCUGGAUGACCGAAAGCACCAACACCUGAAUCUGACAUGGCAGGACAUUGCAGUGCUCGAGUCGAUAAACACAGCACUUAAACCAGUUGCGGAAUUUACCGAUGUCUUAUCGAACGAGAAGAUUGUUACUGCGUCAUCAGUUAGACCUGUGCUGAGACUGCUGACCUGUGAUCUCCUCGACCCUUCUCCUGAAGACAGCGAGUUAACAAAAAACCUAAAAACAAAGAUGAUCGCUAUCUUGGAGGACAGAGAUACAGGAAUAAUUUCGAGGAGGAAGAUGUUACAGAAGAACUCAUCGAAGAAAUAA